AGCCUGUGUGGGAGUCGCUCUGCAAACUUCCCUGUUAUUACUGUAUAUGCCCGGGGCUGACGGAUCGGUAACUGCAGGACACACAGGUUCUUAGAGGCUUUAUGACUUUCUGAAUGUGUGAGCCAUGUUAUUAUGUUGGGGUCAGUCUGUGUUUGGCCAACUUGGGAUAGGCCCCAACCCACCACCCAUUGUAUCAGAGCCCUGCAGAUCCAGAUUUCCUCUGGCAGGUUCCAUUAAGAAAGUGGCCUGCGGGGGACACCAUUCUGUAUUCGUAUUGGAGGAUGGCCGGGUGUACAGCUGUGGAUGGAAUGCUGCAGGACAGUUGGGACAGACUGAGGAUGGAGUACAGCCAGGUCAUGUGACCAGCUUGGGAGAUAAAAAAAUAAUUCACGUAGCAUGUGGGCAAUCGCACAACUUGGCUCUCAGCUGUGAAGGUCAGGUCUUUUCUUGGGGAGCUGGGAAUGAAGGACAGCUGGGUCACUCCUCCACAGAAGCUUCCAUUCCAGUACCAAGGUUAAUCAAAAAAUUAAGUCAGCAUAAAAUUCAUCAAGUUUCCUGUGGAAACCAACAUUGCAUGGCUCUUUCAGACGAUGGCCAGUUAUUUACAUGGGGGCAGAACUGCCAUGGACAGCUUGGCUUGGGCAGUGGUUUUGGCUCGCAGUGCAGUGCUCAUCGAGUGAAGUCCCUGGAAGGUAUUCCUCUGGCCCAGAUUGUUGCUGGUGGAUAUCACAGCUUUGCCUUGUCACUCUCUGGGGCAGUGUUUGGAUGGGGAAAGAACAGUGAGGGGCAGCUUGGUCUCAGUGAUGAGAAAGUCAGAGAGUCACCUUGUCAAGUAAAGCCUUUGAGAACACAGAAGGUUGUGUAUAUCAGUUGUGGAGAAGAACACACAGCCAUCCUCACUAAGUCUGGGGGCCUUUUCACAUUUGGAGCUGGGGGCUGUGGUCAACUUGGACAUGACAGUCUUCAUAACGAAAUAAAUCCCAGGCGUGUGGUGGAGUUAAUGGGCAGUGAAGUGACUCAGAUUGCUUGCGGCAGACAGCACACCAUUGCUUAUGUGCCUUCUUCAGGAUUCCUCUAUGCAUUUGGCAGUGGAGAUCUGGGUCAGCUCGGUACUGGGCAAACCCGUAAUGUGAAUUGCCCUACCAUAGUGAAAGGGAAAUGGGCUGCACACCGACGACAGAUUCCAGCUCCAGCCGAUCCCACUUCAUAUAACAUCAAGCAGAUAUUCUCUGGAUGGAAUAAAGCAUUUGUUCUCUGUUCAAAGUUAGAGAACGUCCAGCCUACUGUUGACUUUCGUUCCUGCACCAAUAGAAAUGACAUCAAUCUGAUUAAUGCAGAGACCAUUGAUGUGUGGAGGCAAAAAGUAAUGGAGCAUAGUAACUCCAAUUCUAUCAAUUGCAUUGUGCAAACCUUGUCGUCCUCUGCAUGCUGGAAUGGGAGCUUUCUGGAGAAGAGAAAUGAUGACCAUUUUAAAACAAGUCCGAAAAUACCUGGAAUCAACAUGUGCUCCGUGAAACUUUUGUUUGAGAAGCUCCUGAACUCUCAUCAGUCCAGACUGCUCGAGCAGAUUAUUAAAGGUUUUGAAAGCUUUCUGAUACCACAACUACCCAGCUCUCCACCUGAUGUGGAAGCAAUGAGGAUCUACCUCAUUCUCCCAGAAUUUCCUUUGCUUCAGGAUUCCAAAUAUUACAUCACGCUAACACUUCCAUUAGCCAUGGCGAUCUUGCGACUCGAUGCCAACCCAAGCAAAGUUCUGGAUAACUGGUGGUCUCAGACUUCUCCCAACUACUUCUUCAGAUUAGUAGACCUGUAUAAAGCUACAGUAGUUUAUCUACUAAAUUCAAAGAAGACGCUGUUGAUCCCAGUACUGUUUACCAGCUAUAUCACCGCUGCACUGAGACUUCUAGAGAAACUGCACAAGGUGAACGAGAAGGUACGACAUGUGGAACAUGAUAAAUUUUACAUCCCAGAGAUCUCCUCCUUAGUGGACAUUCAAGAAGAUUAUCUCAUGUGGUUCUUAAACCAAGCAGGACUGAAAGUUCAUCCAUCCAUUAUGCAGGAUUCCGUGACUCUCUGUUCUUACCCGUUUGUGUUUGAUGCCCCGGCAAAGACCAAGAUGUUGCAGACGGAUGCAGAGCUACAGAUGCAGGUAGCUAUUAAUGGAGCUAACCUGCAGAAUGUCUUCAUGCUACUUACUCUGGAGCCUAUGCUGGCCAAGAACCCAUUUUUAGUCUUGCACGUGCGCAGAUCAAGCUUGGUGGCUGAUGCUUUAAGGGAACUGAGUAUUCACUCCGACGUGGACUUGAAGAAGCCUCUAAAGGUUAUAUUUGAUGGAGAAGAGGCUGUGGAUGAUGGAGGCGUCACCAAAGAAUUCUUCCUUUUGCUUCUUAAAGAACUUCUGAAUCCCAUCUACGGAAUGUUCACAGUAUUCCAAGAUUCCAACCUGCUCUGGUUUUCAGACAUAUGUUUUGUAGAGCACAACUGGUUUCAUCUGAUCGGCAUUAUGUGUGGACUAGCUAUUUAUAACUUCACUGUGGUAGAUCUUCACUUCCCUUUAGUGAUGUAUAAAAAGUUACUGAAUGUUCCAGCCACCUUAGAAGACCUUAAGGAGCUGUCCCCAACAGAAGGAAGGAGCCUUCAACAACUCCUGGUCUACCCCGGAGACGAUAUCGAGGAAACGUUCUGCCUUAACUUCACAAUAUGCAGAGAGAGCUAUGGUUUGACCGAAACGAAGUUGUUAGUGCCUGGAGGAGACCAGAUAACUGUGAAGAAAGACAACAGGGAAGAAUUUGUCAAUGCCUACGUUAACUACGUUUUCAACCAGUCCGUGCAGGAAUGGUACGAGGCAUUCUCUACAGGCUUCCUGAAGGUGUGCGGCAGUAAAGUUCUGGAACUUUUCCAGCCAUCUGAACUCAGGGCUAUGGUAGUCGGGAGCAGUAAUUACAACUGGCAGGAGUUGGAAGAGAGUGCAGUCUACAAAGGUGAAUACUCAGCCAUGCACCCGACAAUGAGGAUGUUCUGGGAGACAUUUCACGAAUUCCCACUGGAGAGGAAAAAGAGGUUUUUGUUAUUUCUCACCGGCAGUGACCGCAUCCCUAUUUAUGGCAUGUCAAGCCUACGCGUUAUCAUCCAGCCUGUAUCGAGUGGAGAGGAUCACCUCCCUGUAGCUCACACGUGUUACAACAUUUUGGACCUCCCAAAAUACAGCAACAAAGAAACUCUCAGAGUCAGACUCACCCAAGCUAUUGAUCAUUACGAGGGCUUCAGCUUAGUGUGAGACAGCCUUGUGUUCCGCAUCCAGCUUCUGCAAACAUGCACUUUAACUCCCAGUGUAAAAAUGCACCCCGUGUUCUGUAUUUUAAAUGCACCCGUUUCUAUUUUUAUAAAUGAAUCAAUCAAAAAAUGUGAAAAGAAGCUCCCAUUACGGUCUUCUGACAUUGGGAAGCAUAAAUUGUUUGUUUAUUUUUAUAUUUCUGAUUGUCUGUGAUUUAUUAUUUUUUUUAAAUGUUUGUUGUUCUUUUAAUUUUACCCUUUAUUUUAUUAAUUUAUGUGCUUUUUCUCCACCAUAGAAGGGAGCUGUCAGUGUCUUGUAUUAAAACUGACAAUACGCAACGAUUGUUCUAUUUGUUAGUGAAUGUAUGGGAGACUGUUCUAGUUUCCACAUGAUCCAGCUGAAUUUACAAUGUUACAGGAAAUUGCAGUAUUUAAAACUAAGCCAUUACAUUGACGACAUAUUCAAUGAAUGACUGACUCAUGGCAAACAAAUUCCAAAUGUGCAGACAAUACCUGGUGUAACAGCUUCCGAAACUCUCACUGUGAUCUCAACAGACAGAAUGUCAUGGAGUUUUUAACUUUAACAAAGUUAAUCAAAAACAAAAAAGCAUAAAUUGUCUGCAGAAACAAAGAAACCUCAAAAGAAGGUAAAUGUGUAUCUAAUUAAAAUAUUACAUUUUGUUUUAAAUUCUUAAAACCGUAACAACUGGAAAUAAAAUGUAAAAAGAGAAUUGCUGAUCACCAAUAGAACUAUUAAAGCAAACAA